AUGCCGGCAAACAGACACUCUACAAUGAUAUCAAACAUUGUAGAAUCAGUAAAUGCAGUCACAAAGGCAGCUAAGAAUUACCCCAUUGUAUUCCUGCUGGAUUUGUGUAUGUGGCCUAAAUUGAAUUAUGCAUGUGAUUAUAUCAUAGGUGUCCGAGACAUGGAAUUGUUUUCCGUGAGCGAUGAAAGGUCCACCUUUGUUGUUGACAUUGAGCAACGUACAUGCACUUGCAAGAUGCUGCAGGUCGAUCUGAUGCUGUGUCCACAUGCAUUGGUUGUAAUUGCACAUACGAAAAGGGAUCCAUAUACUUACUGUUCUUAUUAUUAUACAAGGGAUGCAUAUGUAAAUGCUUACGAAAGUUCGAUAUAUCUUGUUGGAAAUCCAGAUGAAUGGAGAGUGCCCAUUGAAGUAGAAUUUCAAAUUGUUUUAGCUCCUAACCAGAAGCAGAGUUCUAGAAGACAACUGAGAAGAGGAAGAGAUCAUCUAGGGAAGGGAAAACCAAAAGUAAGAUGUGGACGUUGUGGUGCACAUGGUCACAACCACAGGAGAUACUCAAGUUUGGUUCCAUUAAGUAAGAACGAUUGA